AUGCUACGACACCAUAUCUAUCGCGCGGCACUACUGGUAGCACUCACACCAAUCGCACUCGCUGAGCCUGCUCCAGAGAAAGAUGCAGACAAGCAAGCACCCAUUCCUCAGAAGGAGAAGCUCCCGCUCGGAUGGUUAUCCGAUCCGGAUGAGCCGGCUGCGGAUCUCUUUGAUGCGCUUGUAUCGGGAAAGAUUCACCUAGAUAACCGAUUGCGGAUGGAACUCGCGGACACCACUGGACGUCGAUCUUCUGCAGCGUUCACCAACCGCUUGCGCUUAGGGUACGAGAGCAAACCGAUCGAGGGGUUCAGUGGAUUCAUCGAGAUGGAGAAUGUCUCCACAUUCGAUAGCGACGGCUACUUCGUCCCCGCAACAGGAGACGGGGAUCCGACCCGAACCGUCGUCGCGGAUCCGAUCGGGACUGAGGUCAACCAGGCGUACGUUCGAUACAACCCCAAGAGCAUCGAGGGGUCUGACCUCUCGCUUGAUCUGAAAGCCGGACGCCAGCGGAUCAUUCUCGAUGAUUCUCGAUUUGUUGGGAACGUCGGCUGGAGACAGUUCGAGCAAACCUACGACGCAGUCAGUGUCCGCUCCAAUCUUGGAGUCAAAGACCUCAGUGUGUUCUACGCGUACGUCUGGGGCGUGCAACGCAUCUUUGGUCCUGAUGGAUUGAAUCCUGAAUCAGACUCCCACAUCAUCAACGCGUCCUACCAGUUUGCUCCUGAGUUCAAAGCAACCGGAUUCGCGUAUUUGCUGGACUUCAAAUCAGAUCUUCCCGCCAACUCAAGCAACACCUACGGCGUCCGCUUGUCUGGCAAGCUCGCUGACGAUGCUGAAGACUCUGAAGAUAUGUUCGUCGAGUAUGAGCUGACCUACGCCAACCAGACUGAUUCGGGACGCAACGCGACCAGCUACGACGCGGACUUCUAUGCCGCGCAGUUGAAGCUCACCCAGCCGGGCUUUGGGCACUUUGUCGUUGGUUACCAGUUCCUCGGAAGCGACAACGGCAUCUUUGCAUUCCGAUUCCCGCUCGGCACGAAUCACAAGUUCCAAGGUUUCGCGGACAACUUCCUCACGACACCGGCUGUGGGUCUGCAGGACCUGUAUGUCGGACUGGGACUCGACCUCCCUUGGAAGAUCAAGGGGAGUGUGACUUUCCAUCAGUUCUGGUCUGACCAAGGCAGCAAUGAUCUCGGAGACGAGAUCGAUGUCGUCGCGUCGAAGAAACUCUCAGCCAACUGGUCUGUGCUCGCGAAGUAUGCAUACUUCAACGGCGACCGCACUCUGCCCGACACCGAGCGCUUCUGGUUGAUGACUACUUUUAAGUUCUGA